CACUUAAUAUUUAACCACACGUAUAUCCAAGAACACAAGGAUAUAUACCCAGCACUUUCCAGUAGCAUAAAUACAUAAUCAAAUGAGACUGGGAGAGAACAAUUUAUAUAGCAACUUCUGAAUCCAUAUAUAUCUUUCUGCCGUCGGUGGUUUCAGUCCUCCUUUUCUUUUAGUCAUCCAAUUAUGUCAAAGAAAACUGUAGUGUCAGUGGAACUCCUCUGUUCAAAAUGUAGGCAGAGGGUGAUGAAGUUAAUUGCAUCAAUAGAAGGCAUUACUUCCAUUGUCCUUGACUCUUCAAAAUGUACGGUGACAGUAAUUGGGGAAGCUGAUCCUGUGACAAUCAUCAAGAAGGUCAGAAAAUUCAGAAGAUCUGCAGCGGUGGUCAGUGUCGGUCCUCCCAAAGAAGAGAAGAAGGAUCUGUAUGGUAAAGUAGUGGAUGUGAUGUAUACCCCAAAGACAUGUCAAAGAUGUGAUGUAUGGUAUGUAGUUGGUGAAGAUUAUUACAGUUAUUGUUCCAUUAUGUAACUUAGUAAAGCCCAACGUACGUCCUGUUUCAUACUACAAGAUGUAUGAUAAUUUGGCAAAAAUAAUGAAAACCAUCAUCUCUUCGCUGAA